CCCAACUUUAUAACUCAGAAAAUCACAGAGACAGUUGCAGCUGGAGAAAGAGGGAGUGACUCGGUGAGCGAGAGCCACCGGCGAGGACACUGAGUCAACUCGGAAGAUGUUCCAACCCAGCAACCAGGUUCCAGGUCAGCCGACGCCAUUGUCUGUUCAAGAUCCUGCAGCUUUGAUGCAAGUAGAUAAAAAAGAAGCUAGUGUAGUUGUGCAGGAUGAAGUCAAAACUGGAGGCUUCUCGCAAGCAGAAUCCAUCAUCUAUUACACUAAGAAACUUCAAGAUGAUUUACAAAUGAUGGGAAUGAAAAUUAAACAACAUGAGGACAACAUAAAACUGCUAAAGUCUCAGAAGCACAAACUAGAUGACUCUAUUCUCGAUUUGCAAGUUAUUCUAGGCAAGUAUCACACCUCAACCACUCCUAAAAUCGAAGACGAUGGCCAUUCCCGCCGUAAAAGUGAGGAGGAAACUACUGAAAAGAUUCUUCAGCAUGAGAAGUCUGCCGCAGGCAUUUUAUGGCAGUUGAAAACUCGUCAUGGUACUCAGGCUGCCCUUCUUUCCCCGAUCAAGGAUGUCGUGGGUAUUGUUGGUAUGCUUGGCAAAGUAGAGGAUGAUAAUCUUAGCAGGAUUUUUUCAGAGUACUUAGGGAUCGAGACUAUGUUGUCAAUUGUCUGUAAGACUUAUGAGGGUGUUAAAGCUCUAGAAGUGUAUGAGAAUGAAGGCUGCAUAAAGAAAUCUGCUGGUCUUCAUGGACUUGGUUCAUCCAUUGGUAGGACAUUGGAAGGCCGAUUUCAGGUCAUUUGCCUUGAAAAUUUAAGACCAUAUGCUGGUGCAUCUGUGCCCGAUGACCCACAGAUGAGGCUUGAUAUUAUAAAGCCUAGGUUAGCCAAUGGGCAGUGUCCACCUGGAUUUCUUGGUUAUGCUGUAAAUAUGAUUAAUGUGGAUAGCGCUAACUUAUAUUGUCUCACAGCCACUGGGCAUGGCCUAAGAGCGACUUUAUUUUAUAGCCUCUUUGGUCGCUUGCAAGUAUAUAAAACAAGGGCAGAUAUGGUUCCUGCUCUUCCUUGUAUUAGUGAUGGAGCCAUUUCUUUAGAUGGCGGGAUGAUUAGGUCAACUGGUGUGUUUUCUCUUGGCAACCGGGAAGAUGUAGAUGUGAGAUUCCCCAAACUGUCAGCAACAUCAGGCCUACCCGAAAACUAUCUCGAGUCUGAAAGACAAAUCAACGAGUUGAAGUGGAAAAAAGACAAACUGCAGGAAGAUAUGAAGAGUGAACAAUCAUUAUUGGACAACGCAAAGUUCAAUUUUGACAGAAAGAAGCAAGAUUUUCUCAAGUUCCUGGCUGAUAGCUCAUCAUAUGUAACGCAGCAUCAACUUUAUGCACCGCAAAGCAGAAUGACCCCGAGGUGACAACUGACAUACAUUGAAGGAACGAGGCACCGUCGAACCAAACAGAAGGGAGAGCCUUCAGAUCUUUGUCCAGUUGAGUGUCUGGCGGAGGAUCACGUUUUCAUCUAUGUUUUAGAAAGCCACAAAAGCCUAGUGGGAAAAUGCAUAUUCUUUUAGUCAAGUGGGGGGCUCGUUUGUUGAAGUUUAGGGCCUCGUAGAACUAGAAUUAGGUAGAGGAAUUUUUCUAUUUGUUUGUCCUCUCAAAUGCUUGUGACUUUGUGAUAAAAAUGUAUGCACCAUUUUUCCAUACGAAGACGACCUAUCUACUAGGAUAGAAACUUAACACCCUAUCUGAUAGAAUAUCGAGCUAAAAUUCGAAGGGAAGUUCUCCUUGCAGGAGAGGACUGGCCAUAUGACCCGGCGAGGAAAGAAAUGAAAACCAAGAGGAAAGGGCACACGGUUGACAGGAUGGCCAAGGAGAAACGGGAGAACACUGAGAGGCUGAUGGCGAAGAUGCCGCAAAUGCUGGCCGAUUUCAAGAAGCGCAGGUGGGAAAAGAAGAUGAAGGAGGAAGAGAAAGCCAAGGACUGAUCUUGUCUGAGAUGAUGAUGCUGUUGUAGUUUUGCCUGCGUGUUGAAUGCCUGCGUAUUGAAUGCUUGCUAGAACUACUUAGAAGAUAGAUGUGUUCGGAUCAUCGAUGUAUAAAUACCGACAUUUCGUUC